AUCUAGCGGACCGGAGGGGAACUACAUGGUAAUAUCUUCGAACGAAACUACAUAUAAUUACGAUCGAACUUCACGUACAGGUAAGUUCGUUUGAUCGGCUAAUCAAACCUCAUCUCCCUCAUCUAAUGAGAAACGACGAAGACAAGCGACAAGCGACGUAAGAAUUUCAAAAGUUGCCGUUACACCGGACGCACUGAGCAGGAUUCCAAUUUUCUUUAUCAAAUUCUAAAAAUAUCGAUCCCUUGGAGUUUUGAUGGACCACAAUUAGAGCAAAAUCAACAGGAAAAUGAGUGAUGAUACGGUUCGGGUUGCCCUGAGAAUACGACCGCUGGUACCAACUGAAGUCGAACGUGGCUGUCAAACUUGUAUCAGCGUUGUUCCUGGUGAACAACAAGUUCAAGUUCGUGACAGUGAUAAGUCCUUCACAUUUAAUCACGUUUUUGGACCUGAUACUGAUCACGAGCAAUUUUAUAACACAGCUGUAAAAAAAACUGUCAACAAAAUUUUUAAAGGCUACAAUGUUACAAUACUUGCUUACGGACAGACCGGAAGUGGAAAGACUUUCAGUAUGGGAACUAAUUACAAUGGCAAAGGAGCAAUGGGUGUUAUCCCUCGUGCGGUGAAUGAAAUAUUUGAAACCAUAAACUCACAGAUUGAAUACACGUACAAAGUGACUGUGUCAUUCGUAGAACUGUAUCAAGAACAGCUCUACGAUUUACUUGCUGACAAAUCCAGAAAUGAAAGAAUCGUCGAUGUCAGAGAAGACGAUAAAAAAGGGAUCAAAAUCGUUGGAUUGACUGAGAGACCAGUUGCCAAUGCGAACGAAGCCUUCGAGGCUCUGACUCAAGGCUCCAACGAACGAGCAACUGGGGCUACUGCCAUGAACGCCCAAAGCAGUAGAAGUCAUGCUAUAUUUACGAUUGUAGUUUUUCAAUCAAAAAACGACGAUCCAAAUAGCGCAACAACGUCCAAAUUCCAUUUGGUUGAUUUGGCUGGUUCGGAGCGCAGUAAAAAAACACAAGCCACCGGAGAACGAUUUAAAGAGGGUGUAAAUAUCAAUAAGGGUCUUCUAGCACUGGGGAAUGUGAUCUCGCAGUUGGGAGAAGGUGGACCGUCAGCUUAUAUUGGUUAUCGAGAUAGUAAAUUGACGCGACUUCUCCAAGAUUCUCUCGGAGGAAACUCAAUGACACUGAUGAUCGCUUGCAUCAGUCCAGCGGAUUACAAUCUCGACGAGACAUUGAGCACUUUGAGGUACGCAGAUCGUGCAAGGAGAAUAAAGAACAAACCAAUUGUUAACCAAGAUCCUAAAGCAGCUGAAAUCAAUCGGUUAAAUAGAGUGAUUCAAGAACUUCGCUUAGCUCUCCUCGGCGAUGGAACAGCCAUUGGUAGUUGUCCUCCGGAGCAUCGUCUUCUGCAAGAAAAAGUGACAAAUUUGCAGAAAAAACUUCGAGAGCUGACCGAACAGCUCAAUACCAAUUUAAUUGAAAUAGUGAAUAUGCACGAACGAGCAGAACUGGCUGAACAAGCGAGAGAAAUACUAACCUCUGCAAUGUCUAAAAUAAUCGAUGAGUUCGAGAACGUCUUCGAAAAAAUGGAUGUUGCCUCUCCCGAACGUGCGAUGCUCAAUCCUCUUUACCAAAAAGUGCUAGAUUUUAUGAAAGAUCAAGAAACAACAGUUCAAAAAAUUCAUCAGCAUGAAAUGUCGAGCAUGUGCUCCUUGAGUAAAUCGGUCGGCGACAGUGAUUCGACGAACGUAUCGAUCAACGACUCAGAUCCUCAAGCUGAGGGAGUUCGUGUUGAUCUCGACGAAAGACACGCCGAGCACACUCUACGUCAAGCUCAAAGAAAUCAGGAAGUGAAUGACAUCAGUCGUUCACUCGCCAUGAAAGAGGAACUUAUUUCGACACUUUUAAGAAAUUCGACAUUAACGAUUGAACAUUCGAAAGAACUUCAACAAAUGGAGAAUGAGUUAAAAACUCUACAAAAUGAGAAGGAAGAGCUGCUCCAAGCCCUACAAAAUGUACAAUCUAACAACGCCAGUGCUAAACUAGCAGCUUCAAGACGCAAAAAAGUACAAGAACUGGAAAAACAAAUCAGUGAAUUAUCAAGAAAAUGUACUGAACAAAUGAGAAUCAUUAAAAAGAAAGAAAAAUCCGACGAAAAAAUAAAAAAUCUAUCCACCGAGAUACAAUCUCUGAAACAGGCAAAAAUUAAACUCAUCCGUGAAAUGAGAAAAGAAUCCGAAGUCUUCAACAAAUGGAAACGCGAGAGCGAACGUGAAAUCUACAAACUCAAGGAUCAGGAUAGAAAGAGACAAAAUCAAAUCGUCAAGUUGCAGACUCAACACGAUAAACAGCAAAACGUUUUCAAACGGAAGAUGGAAGAAGCUAUCGCCAUCAACAAAAGGCUCAAGGAUGCUCUGGAGCUGCAACGGAAAGCCCAGAGCAAACGCGAGAAGAAUUCAAACAGCAAGAGCAACGGUAUGCGUGACUGGGUCCAGCACGAAUACGCGAUUCUCACCAGUACCAUCGAGGCGGAAGCUUCUCUUGAAAAAAUGAUUCAAGAUCGGGCUGUCCUAUCGAAAGAAUUAGAAACAUUGAAAACUACGUCGUCUGGAAGUCCUUCGUCGUCAAAUCAUAUCACGCAACUAAAAGAGUUUCUCGAUUUGCGUAACACGCAAAUUGCAGAUCUCCAACGAGAGAUCAUGGAAUCGGACCAAGACAAUCGUAGCAGUACUCGUCUCAAUAAUAUUCAGUCGAUGGGAGAUGCAAAAACCGUCAUUAAAUCAUUGUUUGAAACGAUUGCUGUCGAUCACAGGAAAAAUAUAGGCAAGAGUCAGGAACUAGAAAACAAAUACGUCGAAUUGAUGGAAAAAUAUGACUCCGCUUUAUUAAAAAAUCGUCAAUACGAACUUCGCCAGCAGUCUGAAGGAAGACUGAAGGAACUGGAAGAAGAAUUAGAAAUGUAUAAAGAAAAGUGCGAAAAUCUCGAAGACAAGCUCGCUAUGGGCGUUACUUCAGCGGUGACAAAAAAUCGCAGUAAGAAGACCAAUGCUGCACAGCAAACUAGGCACAUGUCUGAUCCACAAGAUUUGGACAGUUCAUAUUUCCACAUUACCGAUGACAGUUUCAGCGAGAUCGAUGACGCCAACGAUCCCGAUUGGAAGAAAACUCCACUUUACAAACGCAUUCAAAAAGCACGAUUUUCGAAAAAUCGAAGCACCGAGUCACUCUCAGGAGAGAAAAGAUCAUUCGACGGAAUAAUCAAGUGCUCUUGCAAAAGUCAAUGUUCAACACGCUUAUGUUCGUGUCGAAAAAAUGCAACGAGUUGUUCCAACUGUAACUGCAAUCCUGAAAUUUGUACAAAUCGAAAUGAAGCAAAUGUCGGAACGAAAAAAUUAUUCUCCGACAGCACGGAUGAAAAUAAACCUGACAACGAAGAUUCUACUAAACGAGCCAGACUCGAAGCUGACCUGUGAAGUUGUUUAUCAAUUAAGGAAAUAAUUUUUAUCUCUCAGACUUAAUUAUAUACCUUAUAUUAUUAUAUAAGGUUAUGUCUUGUUUAUGUGAGUAUUGUUUAUUUCAAUUUUUUGAAAAUUAGUCACUGAGUUCUUCUAGACUUAUCGAUUAUCCUCGAAUAAAUGCAGGAACUAUAUUCAUUUAAUUCAGCAAACAAAAUUUGAUAACGCUUAAGAAUAAUAAUUAAGACAAAUCGAAAAAAGUUGCUCAUCAAUUGGUGAGUCGUAUUACUUGACAAAUUUAUUUAAAACGGAGCUAUUUGGUUCCGUAAACAGAUUUAUUGACUUGAAAAAUUAUGCCUGCGACGAUAAAAAAGGAAUGACCACAAAAUUUCUGUUCAACAAAAUGUAAACGGUAUUUUUAUAUGAGCAACCGAUCGAAUUUAAUUAUAAAAAUGUUAACAUUAUAUGUAAUAAAUUGGAUAAUAAUUCAAAAAAUGAAAAACUCCUUCAA